UGUGUGCAGGAAGACCCCGGGUCAGCAGCUCCAGAGGUGCACCGUGCUCCAGGAAAGAUCCCAAGAUCCUGACACCAUGAGGAAGCACCUGGGUGGAUGUAGGUGGGCCAUUGUCUGCAUCCUGCUCUUCAGCCAGCUCUCCGAAAUCAAGGCGAGGGGCAUAAAGCACAGAAUCAAGUGGAACCGGAAGGCCCUGCCAAGUACCUCCCAGGUCACAGAGGCCCACACAGCGGAGUUGCGCCCAGGGGCUUUCAUUAAGCAAGGUCGAAAGCUGGAUAUUGACUUUGGGGCAGAGGGCAAUAGGUACUACGAGGCCAACUAUUGGCGGUUCCCUGAUGGGAUCCAUUACAACGGCUGCUCCGAGGUCAACGUCACCAAGGAGAAGUUUGUCACCAGCUGCAUCAACACCACCCAGGCAGCGAACCAGGAGGAACUGUCCCACGAGAAACUGGACAAUAAGCUUUACCAGCGGGUCCUGUGGCGGCUGAUCAGGGAGCUCUGCUCCAUCAAGCACUGUGAUUUUUGGUUGGAAAGGGGAGCGGGACUUCGGGUCACUAUGGACCAGCCUAUGAUGCUCUGCCUGCUGGUUUUCAUUUGGUUAAUUGUGAAAUGAGCUUGCCAGCAGCCAACAGCCACAGAGCUGCAUAGAUGAGCAAACAUGAGCGAGUUAUCCCAGUCCUUCUCCCCCAGCCCCUGCCACUACAUGUUCUGAAGGUACCAAAGAGCAGUGAUUCUUCAGCACUUCAAAUAGCACUCCCAAGCCUUCCCUCAGGUGCUUGCUUGUAGCUAAUAGAUGUGCCGGCACCAAUCCUCUCCAGGCUUUACCUGAGGGUGGCUUGCUCAGCACUACAUUCUCAGCUCCAGUGGAGUGGCCGGCACACUGCAUCAUGCAAUAAAUGUUUGGUAAGCAGAUAAAAAUUGCACAAGGGACUGUGCCAGGCACUCCGCAAAACUUCCCAACAGCUCUUAGAGGUAGGCAUUAUUCCCAUUGUAUAGAUGAGGAAACUGAGGUCCAAGAGGUAAAGUAACUAGACAGUGUCAGAGCCAUAAUUCAACCCUGGCUUGUCUCUCUCCAGAUUUUCCCACUUUGGGAGAUUUGAAAAGACUGGUGUUGAUGGCCAUGUAUGUGAUAUCUUGUUACAUGGAAGUUAAUUAAACUAAAAUGUAAUGAAGACAUUAAACUAAGAUAGAAAUAAAAGCUAAACAAAGGCUCAUAUUUCCUUGUAAGGAAGUAUUGCCACGCUAACUUCCAGAGUAGACUCAAUCUAUGGCUGGAUGUGUCUGUGGCAGACAGAUGCUUUUUCACAAGAAUGAUUAGUGUUUGCUAUUCUCAUCUCUGAAACAGUCCAUGUAGUUAAGAAACUGUUUCUGUAUGACAUGUUUGCUUUCUAAUAUUCCCCCAACCCUGUGUGCAUGUUUCAGGUACAUGCAUAUGAGAAUUUUUAAAUAUACUUCCUCUACAUUUCUUUUCGCCUUCCUUCCAACACCAUCUCUAGCCAUUCUUUUACUGCCACUUUGGUGAGGGGCCAUCAUUGCUGUGAACCACUUAGAGCUUCAAAAAACUGUUUCUCAACAGAAAAGUUUAAAAGAAGCUAUGUCUUUAGGGAGACCAAAUAAAGAAUUCAUGCAUGCCUUCUUCAAGAGCAGUUACACCUAUUAAUUAUCUACUUAUUAUUAAACUAUAUAUACAUAUAAGAAAAUAUGAAUACCGUUUAAAUAAAAAUAAUGAAUCUAAUGCUCUAAAUGCCCCCACAGAUCCUUUGGGAAUAUUCUCAGAGAUUCCCCUCCCCUUCUUCCACCACCACCUAGGAGUUGUUGAAUCAUAUUUGGAGAUAAAAGUUGCUGGAUAUUAUCAAUUGUCUGGGGUGGGGGGGCAGAAUGUACAUUAUCAGACAAUUUAUCCUGUUUUAAAACAUGAAUGCUGAUAGUGGUACCUCUUGUUCUGAGCCUCCUCUGCUAUCAGUGUUCUUCUCAAAGAUACAUUUGGAAGGUUUGAGCAGAGAAAGCAGGCGGAGGGCUUGGGGCUGGGCAGCCGAGAGGAGCACCUUCCCUGGGUACGAGGGGACUCUCCACCCAGCCCUGAGAGGACACUGCUGGCACUGCACUCAGCCUUCGAAGUCCUGAUGAGCUCUGGAUCAGAGACUGAGACUCAAGUCCAGAACAUGUACAGGUUUUUUCUUACAUGUCAUUCUUUUAAAAACAAUAACAAUAGCAAUUAAAAUAGAACAGCUGAUUGUAGGCUGGUGUCGACAUUUCAAGUCCCAGCUCUCCUGAGAUUAAUUCCCAGGCACACAGCCAUGUGAGCAAAAUGACCUCAUUGCUUAUGUGAAAACACUGGGGCCAUGAUGUAGUACUUUUCUUAGCAUUGCUGUCUUUUCUCAUUUCAUUAAUACUUCCAGACACCAGAAUUAAGUGGGCAUGUGGUGAGUCGGUAUCUAGGAUUCAAAAGCACAAUUUAUUUAGGGGGCUUUUAAUUGAAUCUGUGUAUGUUUGAACAUCCUUUAUGAGAGGAAGUCAAGGCUUUGUGAGUCUAACUUUUCACUUUGGCAAAGGGUUGUCAAGUGCCUACUAUCUGCAAGACAUCAUGAGUGAUUUUUUAAACUAUUCUCGGUAAUCAUUUUACUGUGCUUAAGUUUGCCAACCAUUGAUUUCUUAUCCCUUCUGAGCGUUCUUUUCUAAAAAUGUAAGUUUAUCAUAAAAGUGAUAUUAAGAUUACAACGGAAAUCCAAAACAAAACAUUGCCCACACUCCCAGCCUCUGAUGGAGUCAGUGUUCUCAUUUUGCCCUGUGACCUCUUAGUCUGUACCAUUUGCAUAUACACAUGUACAUAUUUGCAGUAAUAAUGUAAGUGAGCUUUUGUAUUCUAAAUUUUUGCUCAAUUUUAUACUUUUUUCAUUUUUCUAUGAUUUGGGGUUCUUGCCUCACUCUCUGCCUUCCCCAAUCCACCCUCCUCCCUGUCUGAGAUGUAACCUCUAAGCUUUCACAAUGAUCAGGUAUAUAAAAUGUUUUUUGUCUGAUUACUCCUCGAAAAAAUACCAUAAUCAUACAUCUCACACUUAUUCCUCUGCAAUCGGCCUCUCUAACUUAAUACUGCACCAUGACCCUUUCCCUAAAGCAACAGCUAGAUAGUUAGCUAACUUGUCCUUUUAGAGAUGCUGCAUAAUAUUGCAUGUCCCAGAAGAGACCCCAGUUGAAGAAUCAUUUCCUUGCUGAGGGACCUUCAGGUUGUUCUGCAAACAAUAAACAUCCUUGUACAUACAA